UGUAGUCGGUCCAUCAUCAAAGUCAAACCAAACGCAAACCAAAAACACGACCAAAACUUUAAACAAUCUUUGAAAAUAAAGUUAAUAAAAUAUUAAGAAAUCAAUAAAAGCCUCCAAUUGGUCGAAAAGAAAAUAAAUUCUGUGAUUUUAAAGUCAAUUAAAUGAUAGUUCAUGUGUAGAGUAGUGUAGAGUCAAUAGAAAUAAGUAAGAAGUUCGUAAGGAUUGGAAUAGGAUUGUGUAAUUAUUGUGUAGGGAAGACGACGACGACAAAGGACCAUCAAAUUAAGGCCUAAAAUAACGCCAAAGUUUAUCCACAGGAACGAAAACAAAACUCAUAAACUGUGCUCCGUAUGCCAACAUUCAUUUUCAUCAGGAGAGAAUCGGGAAUAGAAAAACAUUGUUUUAUUUGUGUGUUCGUCUCGUGUAUAAUUCUAAAUAACUCGGCGGCGUUGUUGCAUCUCAAGUGGGUUGUGAAGUAGUUUCCUCUUGUUUUAUUUCUAUUUUUCUGUUCUGUUGGCUAUAUUGUGAGAAUUAUAGUGGUUAAGCUAUGAAGGUGCACUUCAGAGAACAAUACGGAACUAAGGGGGAGGAGAUCCUUUAUGUGACACCAGCAGAUCAAAACAGUAUAGUGCGAGUCCCCUUGAAGGGUGACCGAAAUGUAAUCCGGGAAAAGUUUUUCCUAUUCCGUCUGUUGCAAAAAAUAUUCCUCCCCAAGGGUUAUCCGGAUAGUGUAAGCGAAGACUAUGCUGCAUAUCAAAUAUGGGACACAGUGCAGGCAUUUUGCAGUACAAUAUGCGGCACACUUUGUACACAUGCAAUACUUAAAGGCAUUGGAGUGGGCAGUGAUAGUGUGAGUGCCUAUUCAGCCACCGUAACAUGGAUAUUCAAAGAGGGUAGUGGUCAUAUCGGGAGGAUAUUGUUCUCGUGGUGGAAGGGCUCCCAACUCGAUGUGGACUCGAAGAAAUGGAGACUGAGAGCGGAUUUUAUAAAUGACGUUGCAAUGGGUGUUGAAAUCUAUAUUCUUCCAAAAUACCCACUCUACUCGACUUACAUCCUUUGCUCAACGACUGUUUUGAAGGCGAUAGUUGGAGUGGCUGGAGGAGCGACACGAGCUGCUCUCACACAACACCAUGCGGUGCGUGGCAAUUUGGCCGAUGUCGCUUCGAAGGACAGUUCUCAGGAGACUUGUGUGAAUCUAAUUGCUUCCUUUUGUGGUCUGUAUCUAUUGACUGUUAUUAAAAAUCAAACGAUGCUUUACACCGUUUUUGCGAUUGUGAUCUUUUUACAUCUCUAUGCCAAUAUGAAAGCCGUCAAAGCUGUUUGUCUGCGAACCUUCAACGAAUCUCGCUAUCUCAUAGCCCUCGAGGAAUUUUUCCGCUCUGGUCGGCUUCUAUCGCCGCAACAAGUCAAUAAACUGGAGCGAGUGACUAUCGGCCAGACUGUAUCUGUAUCGUUGAACAUUCAUUUGGGUCUCUCGGCAAAGCAUCUGAUUGAUGAAUUCAAAACUAGUCAUGUCUUAGAGAACAUAGUUUCAUCCUUCGAUCCUCAUGAACGCUUCAUCAUUGCCGAGAGCAAGAGAUUCCUGGGCGUGUAUCUGCACUUCGAUACACGACAACAGGACGUUCUUAAAGCUUAUUUCUUUGCUGUUUCCUAUUUGCAGGAUCGGAAUCAAAUCAAAGAGAAAUACUGGGAAGUUCAAGGCAAGUGGCAGGAGUUUGUAAGCAUGGCUCAGCAAGAGGGUUGGUUUGUCAACAAACACCUUUUGAUGGUUGACGAGUUUCGCCUCGAUUGGAAAGCAUAGGAAAUCUAUGCGGACUCUGGUUCCAGCAUAUUUUCAGUAGGCCAAUAACACAACAACCAGAACAACAAAAAGAAAUCAACACCACGGACCAAUUACACAUGAAACUCGUAUGUACCCAAAACCCAAACAAAUAAUAUACACAUUUUAAAUUACCUUAAAGAUACAACAAAAUAUCUUACAUAAUCCCUUUGGUAUUUUAUUUGUUCUAUACAUUUGUUUAGAAACAAAUCCCAAAAUAUACAUACUUCUUAUUUUGCUUGCUAAUUAAAAACUUUUUAAUAGUUUAGAAAAUAUUAUUAUGCAUUUAAUUGCUAACCCAAAAGUUGUAAAAUACCUUAGGUAUUUAUUUGAUACAUAUUUUAAAUUAAUUAGUUAACAUGUUUUAACAUAUCUUACUUAGUAAAACAACAAAAAAUUAAAAAUAAACUUUUGUAUUUUAGUUUAUAUAUUUUAUAAUAUUUCUGUUUUAUGUAAAUAUUUUCAAAAAAAAAACUUAAAACUUUUUAUACUAAAACAUAUAAAAACGAAAAGAAAGAAGAAAAAUCACUCAACCCAAAGAUAAAACUACAAAAACUCUCUUCCAUGCGCAACUCUCUUACCUUAGAAGAACCUUAUAAAUUUUUGCAAUUAAAACAAUCUCGAAAUUUUUCAAAAAAGUAGUCUAAAAAUUAAUAAUAAUAAUUAUUGGUGUUGUAUGAAUUUGUGUGUAGUAGAUGUUGAAGAUGAGUUGUAGCUAAACUAGAAACAUUUGAAAUUAGAUUUUUGAUAAUAAUUGGAACUUAAAAAACAAAUUUUGCUCAAAUUAGAUUAUUUUCACAUCUUUUUGGAAUUAAGUUUAGACAAACGAAAAAAUAGCAAUGUUGUUUUCUUAGAAAACAUUUUCAAUGAACUUAUGUCGAAAUACUUCAGGAACUUGUUGAUUUAUAAUUUAAAUCCCGAGACAAUAAAAAUGAAUACCAUUUGCACUUUUGGAAAAGUCCUCAUCACACCGUUUUUUUAAAUGUAAAUUAGGUAUUUUCUAUCUCUCCAAAAUCUUUGAUUUUGGGCAUCUCAUCUUUUGCACAUUUUCCCAUGACAUUUGAACCCAAGUGUUUUUCUUUUUUAUCCCUGAUUAGAUUAGAGAAUAGAUCUUGAAAUGUGUCGAGUAUGCUUUGAGUAUAGUUUGGUCAGAGCACUUUUAUUUUGUAGUUUCUAUCAAAAGAAAGUAAAAUGUCUUUUUUCUCCAUAAGCUUUGUCUUUUUAUUCAGAGCUCUUAUUGAAAAAAAAAAUAUACCUAAACCCUCUGUUAUGUUCGAGCUUAUAAAAAAACACAGAUUUUGUUGUGAUAGCAAAGAUAUUCUAUAUAAAUAGUAAACAGAUAUUCCAUAUAAAAUAAAAACAAGCUAAUAGACAAAAGUGUUGGCUUUAAAAAAAUGUAUAAAACUUAAGAUUACUUGUUUCCAUUUAACGUACAUACUUUUUUAAAAAGUCCCUACCAUCUAAACGGGGGGGGAAAUAAAUCCCCUCCCAUUGUAAGAAAUUCUUGAUUUUAACUGUUCGUCAUUAAACUUUGUCGCCUGAGUUAUCGUACUCUUCCCCUCAAUAGAACUUAAUGUGUGAGCACCCUUAAACAAAUAAGCAAACAAUUAAUGUCAAACUUAUUGAGUUCACAGACAGUGAAUGGGCAGGUUCAGACGAAAUAAGGGACUUCAAAGUGAGGCAAGUUUCUGGAUUGGCAAGCUGCCAAAAAAUUAUUUUCCAAUUAAGACAGCUUUAGUGGAAAGUUAGUAAAGAAAAAUCUCCCUAACUAAUCAAGUGAAGUCUACUUCUAUCAAAUUGGCAGUUCAUCGUGUUUUUUUAACUUAACUGAAAGCUGAACUUUAUUACUCUUUGAUUUAUGAAUUUUCUGCCUUAGUCAAAAUAAACGUUCAAAGAAUGCAAUUGACUGCAAAUGAAGUCCCUUGUGUUGUCUAAAUCUGCCAAAUGUUUAUUAAUAAUGCAAGAUCAAUGUUCAUUUAUUUCAGGUUAUGGAAAAGAUAUAGGUUUCCAUACCGUUGGUGUUGUCCUUGAGCCCUUUUCAAAGCUUUACUAAAAACAUUAAUUUUCAAAGCCAGAAAAAAGCUGACAUUUUUUACUUUUCUAACAUUUCUGAGAAGUUGGGCUUGUGGAAUGGGAUCCAAGGUCGUACGAUUUAACAGUGCUGGACUACUUUUUCUUAGAUUAUGUAAAGUCGCUUGUCUAUGCAGAUAAGCUCGAAACGAUGGGCGGAGAUGAGAAUAUUUGGCUCGUUAUUGAUGAAAAACGGCACCAAGAUCUGCAGUAAUGUGAAUAUUUGGUCAAUGGGGACUUUCCUGGUCUGAAGCAACGCUGAUAGGGACCUAACAGGUUGUUGACGAACUGCUUCAGACGCUCACAUAAUACGACAGAACAACAACAAAGUAGAGGGAUGGAUGAAAUUGUUUUAAUUGAUUCCUGACAUUCCUCUACUAACCGGGACAACUAAUAGUUAAGCCAAAAAGGGAUCUCUGGGCUACCUCCCCCUUCGAUUAUAAAUAAAGAUGGUCCAAAUAAUAAUAAUAUGCCUCGGAUAAAUAAUAACUUAAAUCUAGGAUUUUCUGAUCCUAGUCACCGAAGAAAACGAUGAAGGAAUGAAUACCGCGCUACCCAAAGAAAUUGGCCGAAACAUCAAGACCAAUGUAUCAAGUCAAUUCUUGAUUGCUUCCUAAAGAAAUUAUGAUCCCUUACUGGGAGAAUGUCAUGGGACAUCUUUCGCUGUCGAAACCACCUGACAGACCUUGCGGAGACUCGUUAUUGUUUUUGACAAAUCUAUCACCGCAAUUGAAAUAAGACGAUAUAGGCUAUCGAUUGGCACAUCUCCAGGUCCUGAUGGGCUUACUUCUAAAAUUUGAAACCGCGUUCCUGACUUUAUUUUUGUGGUAUGAGUCCAGAACGUACUCUAAUCCCGAAGACCUCCACUGCGUCAGAUCCGAUCGACUUCCACCUAUUGCGGUCUCUUUGGUUGUCCUACGUCAGUUCCAUAACAUCUUGGCCAAACGACUUUCUAAUGCUGUAGUACUUGACCUAAGACAACAGGCCUUUGUCGCUUCUGAUGGAUGUGCUACUAAUACCACUCUACUUGAUUUGCUUCUUAGAUCUCAACACCAAUCAUUAUCCAGCUACUACUUAGCUUAAAUCGACGAUUCUGUGUCCCACAUAAUAGGGACCCUACGUUCCUAUGGCGCUCCCCUAAACUUCAUAGAACAUAUAAACGAUUACUACUUUAGGUCAUCAACUAGAAUUACAACAAACACAUGGACCUCGAGUCCUAUUCACGACAGAAAUGGUGUUAA